AUGGGAAGGUUAAGCAAAUUGUAUUUGACAGAAGACUUCGUGGAGCAACUUCUAUCCAGACUGCCUCCCAAAUCUUUGAUGCGAUUUAAGUGUGUAUGCAGUUUAUGGUGUAAUAAAAUCAAAAGCCCUAGUUUUGUAGCUAAACACCUUUCUAAUUAUAUGGGAGCAUCCUCUAUGUCAGUCCUUUUCAAGCGCCCAGUCCUUAAGGACAAGGACAAUAAAAUCAUAGAACCUGAGAGGGAGGAAUGUCUGAAUGGUGACGACAAUGUCGAAACUCAGUUAUCUUCACUUAAUCUCUGCAAUGUGAGUGAUGAUGAUUACCUUCUAUCAACUGUGGUUGAGGAUCUUAAGGUUCCGCUUCCGGCUCCCCUAAAGCUAAAACAUUCUUCGGAUCUAAUUGUUGCAGGUCAUUGUGAUGGAAUCCUCUGUUUAAAACUUUUCAUUGGUAACGCUAUUUUAUGGAACCCAGCUAUGAAGGAAUUCAAGCUUCUUCCCAAGUCUCUUCUUCUCCUUCCCAACGAUGAGGAUGAGUUGCUAUUCUAUGAGCUAAAUUGUUAUACAGAAUAUUUGGGAUUUGGCUAUGAUCCUAAAGGUAAAGAUUACAAAGUUGUUAGAUUCGUAAUAUUUGAUGAAGUAUGUUAUUGGUUCAAAGCAGAAGUAUACGAUAUGCAUUCGAAUUCUUGGAGAGAUAUCAAGAUGAAGACCAUAUAUAGUGAAAUGACUACUUAUGUUACGCAGAGGCAGUCUUCUCAUGCGUCUGUAUACUUCAACGGACAAUGUUACUGGCUCGUAUCUGGUUACCAACAACAUCUUCCACAUGAUGGAUUCGUUCUUUCAUUUGAUAUGAGUCAUGAACAAUUUAAUGAGAUAUCGUAUCCGGAUUUAUCAGAUGGAUGUAGAGUAAUGACACUUGCAAUUUGGAAAGAGUUCAUUGCUCUAUUGAGCAAUCAAGAAGAAAGUAGAGUUGCUCAAUCUUACGAUAUGUGGGUGAUGAUGGAUGAUCUAGGUGAUGGCAUGGGUUCAUGGACAAAACAUUUAAGUAUAGGACCAGUGGAAUGUGUUGGAUAUCCAUUGCUAUUUUGCAACGGUGAACACCUUUUCAUGGAAAAUAAUGAAGGACAGAUCGUCUUAUAUAACACUGGCACAAAAAAACUGAAGUAUCUUCCUAUUCAAUUCAUGGGAUAUAUCUUCUAUAAUCAAGCACUUAUUUAUGGCAAUAGUAUUGUUUCCAUCAACGGAGGCAAUGUACCUGACGAAAUAUAUAUUUCUGCUUUCUAUGGCAGUGGUAAGUUUCAAUCCUGUUACAGAGGAGAAGUCGAUAUUUCUACUUUUCACAGCAAUGAAAAGUUAGAAAUGUAA